GCCGCUCCCGCCGCCGCAGAGGCUCCAGCCGCUCCCGGAAUGCUGCCGGUACGCCUCCGCCCGGGGCGGCUGCUGCCCGCCGCGCCGCUCCGCCUGCCCGCGCCGCGGGGAGCCGCCGCCGGCGGGGAGCCCGCCCGGAGCCCGAGCAUCCCCCGUGCUGAGCAGGCUCACAAGGUGGUUGCAAGUUACAAACCGUCGAAGUUUGACAAAAAAAUCCUCCUCUGGACUGGCCGGUUCAAGACAGAAGAAGAGAUUCCGCUGCGGAUCCCGCCAGAGAUGCUAGACAGGGCAAGAAACAAAGCUCGAGUUAAAGCUUGUUACAUCAUGAUCGGACUCUCAAUUGUUGCUUGUUUUGCAGUGAUCGCCUCAGCUAAAAAGGCCGCUGCACGUCAUGAGUCCUUAACGAGCUGGAACUUAGCAAAGAAGGCCAAGUGGCGGGAGGAGGCUGCACUAGCAGCAGAGUCGAAGACAAAGUAACUUCAUACAAAAUGCCGAAUGUCCUUGUUAAGAGCAAAAUUAACCGCGAGCGAUUCAUGAAUCUCACCAAUAAAUGGACAAGCAUAGUAUACAUACCAGAGCCAAUAAGGGUAGUUAUAGGAUCACAAAAAGAAGUGGGCAGUCUAUGAGAGAGAUAUUUGAUAUACUGGUUGCAUAUAAUUAAAAUGAGUUAAGAGUGUUUUGCAUUUAAUUAAAAGCAGCAACUAAUUUCCAAGGAGAUGAGGUAGUUACCCAAGAACAUCAGGUAUGUUUGGUUAGUUAUUUACAAAACGUUUAAGGCCAGAGUUCUCUGGUGACAGUGCAGUCCUACGGUGCACAAAUCAGCCACUUUGAAUUCAUUUGCCUCAGUGCUGUAUUCAAAAUGGCAUUUGCGUUUUCUCAUUUAGGAAGCCACACUUAUGAAACCAGUAAAUAAAUACAAUAAACAUCUGUAAAAUAGGUUUUAUUGGUUUCUGUAUGGUAUUUUGAGACUUAACAUUCCGUAAUAUUGCAUACUAUUCAUAUGUGUUCUGUUACAGUAAUAGGCCUUUGGCCUAGAUUUAAAGAUGCACUAUUACUAUCUGAAAUUAAUACAGGUAAUUUAGUUUCCACACAUUAUAUGAAGAUAUUGUGCCAUAAGUAACUGAAAUUUCCCAUUCCAGAUUUCAGUGAACUCUUUGAAGUCACAGUUAAACUUCACAUAUCAAUUGGCAGACCUAUUACAAAAUGCCUCAGUUGUACAAUUUGAGAAAUUUACACCAACUGAGAACUAACUGUGGAGGAAAGACAAUAGUGCAUCUUUUCUAUUUUUUAUUUUUUUUUAAAGACAGACCCGACAAAUAUUUUCCAGUUGCAAACUUGUUCUAUAGCUAACUUAUUUCUGUGCCAACAUUAUUACUAUUGUCUGAUUGCUGCUAGCAACAGCGUUUAAAGCAAAUACUAGAAAAUUAAAAAGCUGUAUGAACCAGUCCUCAGAUAAAAGUGCAACGAUGAAAAAAUCAGAUAUGAUUCAGUGUAUCGAGUAGGGAACUAAAAAAAAAAAAAAAAAUCAGUCUUAUUUAUACUCUGCAUAGUUGCA